GCUCUAAAACGAUUUGCUUUGAUAUGACUUACCAAUUGACAUUCGAUGGUGACUUUAGGCGGCUUGAUUUUGGCUAUUGGGUCGUUUGACGUUUGUUUUUUCGGAUAUUCAUAUCAAAAUGAGUGUUGCUACGCCAGAUUUACAAUUUAACUGACAGUUUUUUAAUUCUCAAUAUAAACUAAAAAUUAGUUUCCCGGCGAGAGGCAAAAGACGGAGGGAAAAAAUCAGCUAACCACAGACGGCGUGGUCUAUUCGGGAAUUCUAACAAUAACAGUAAUAAUCAUAAUAAGUUGUAUAGAACAGAAUUACUUUUCAAAAACCUUCAAAUCAUACUGAUUUUAGCAACAAUGUCAAAGAAAUUGGAUGCUCAGAUGUAUUUAAAUUUUUCACAUAAAUAUUAGAUAAUUUACUACGGUAAAAAUUGAUGCGCCACAGGCGACAUUGAUCUUUUCGUAGAGCAGGAAGUUAUUUUCCGCGUAUUUCUACAUUCUACAUUUCAUGCACUAACCUGUACUUUGCGCGAUUUUCUGUCUAAACGGCGAUUUCCACGCACUUAAUUCAUUUUCCGAGAACAGAGCGACAUCUAGGCAUAUUUGGAGAAAAUACUGCCGUAAAAAUGCCGCAUCCCAAGUUAUUAAUGGUCUGUCAGCGGCCUCGUUGGUUGUUCAAUGCCGUUUCAUAAGUUUCUGUAUUAUCGGCAUUUUUAUAUCAACAGACAUCAAAAAAUUGUAUUCACAUCCGAUUUGCUUAAAUCUUCAAAAUAUUGCAAAAUACGCUAAUGAUACACCAUUUUGUCACAUUCAAGUAAAUAAUUUAAAUAAUUUCAGAUCUGGAACUUAUUCAGAAGAACAUGUGCUCAAAAUUUUGGCAUGCAUUUGGUACACCCGACAAUAUGGACUAUAAUAGCUUGCGUCGCGCCUUGUCUAUGCCAGGACCUACCCCCGUACAACGACCCGUACAGGUUCGGCCAAACAGGUAGCCCCCACGAGGCGACCGGAAACCCCUACAACCCGCAGGAACCGCCCCCCUACGGCAACCCAAACAUCGAUCAGUACGGCAAUCAGCUACCGGGCCAGUACAACCCUCAGCCUCCCAACCAAUUCGGCCCACCGGAUUCCGGUGGCGCAGGAGCGGUGCAGGAUAUCUAUGCCAGGGACAGGGACAGGAAUUUUCAAAAUGGACAACCGAACCCUCAGGAUUCGUAUGACAUGGAUUUUAACAGAAACACUCAGAACGGAAUCGAUCAGUUCGGCUUUUCGCCGGACCCAUAUGACAGGGAUCGAAACAGAAAUACUCAGGGAAACCAAGACGGUUUCGACUACUUCAACAACGGCUAUGGAGGCGGAGCGCGGUGGAACAACCCCUACGGUAACAACCGCGGGGAACACACCACCAUCAUCAGGGAAGCCACCUACUUCGUGGUUGCUUCCAAGAUGGUGCGUCCCGGUCAGCUGUACCGGGUGUCGGUCACUGUGCUCCGGGAAAAGCAGCCGCUGACGGUUAGGGCUUCGAUACAGAGAAACGGGGUAGAAACUUCGGCCGACUUCCGAGCGGUCAAAGAAGGCGUGCCCGAAACACUGCUGAUGAGGGUGCCGACCACUAGCGCGCCAGGCGAUUACAAACUGAGGGUGGAGGGGUUAUACGAGGACGUCUUCGGUGGGGUGGCAUUCUCGAACGAGACCCGGUUGACCUUCUCGCAGAGGUCGAUGACCAUAUUCGUGCAGCUUGAUAAGCCCGUCUACAUGCAAGGCGAGACUGUGCGAUUCCGUACGAUACCGAUUAAUACUGAGCUGAAGGCGUUCAACGACGCCGUCGAUGUCUACAUGCUCGAUCCUGCGGGUCACAUAAUGAAACGCUGGCUCUCGCGCCAAUCGAAUCUGGGCACGGUAAGCCUUGAUUACCAACUCUCUGACCAACCCGUCUUCGGUGAAUGGAAGAUCCGUGUGAUUGCUCAAGGCCAGAUCGAGGAGUCGACCUUCCUCGUCGAAGAGUACUACCAGACAAGGUUCGAGGUGAACGUGACUAUGCCCGCGUUCUUCCUCGGCACCGACCAGUACAUCCACGGCAUCGUGAUGGCCAAUUACACCAGCGGCGCGCCCGUAAGGGGCAACCUGACUCUGAAGGCUACCGUGCGUCCCGCGAGGCCGAUAAACGUGAACAGAAUGACCAAGAAGUACCGCGGAAGAGGUAGACGUCCAGUUAAUGGUUUUCGCGACCCCAAUCGCGAAUACGACCCAGGCAGACCGUCCGAUCAAAAUAAUUAUCCGUACGACCAGAACCAAAACUUACCGUACGACCAGAACCAAAACGUACCAUACGACCAAACUUCCGGGUUCGACCAACGUUUCGACGGCGUCAGGCCGUACGAUGAUCCGUAUUUCUAUGGUGAAGAUAUUAGGCCAAUCGUCGAGAGGUAUCUGGACUUUAGGGAGGAGAUACCUUUUUGGAUGGACCCGGAGAAGUUCUACGGGCAGGUGCCGAGCUUGAAGUUUUUCUACGGCGUGUACGAGUUUCGGUAUCCGGUGCAGGAACUGCUGCGGUAUGGCGCGGACCGCGAGGACCUUGAGCUAGUUGUCACCGCGACGGUAGGCGAUGUCUUUCUUGACGAAGUAAUUGAGGGCUAUUCUAUGGCCAGGAUAUUCAACUCUUCAAUCAGGUUGAAAUUUUUGGGCGACUCACCUCAGGUAUUCAAACCUGGCAUGCCCGUUACCGCCUACAUCGUCGCCUCAUACUACGAUGGCUCUCCCCUCUCCGACUCGAGUCUCGCGAACAGUUACCUCGAAAUAGGCGCGUCGGUGGACAUGCGCAAUGGCGGCCGCAGGGAUCUACCGCCCCGCCGCCUCUUUAUGAUGGAUGACCAACCGGGCGUAUGGGAGUAUAAGAUCGACCUGAAGAGGGAGCUGGGCUACUUCGGACCGCGCGCUUUCGAAGAAAUGAACGAAAUCGGCACGCUGCGCGUCCACGCCAGUUUUCGUGACGAGUAUACCGCACAGUCUGCUCAGUCGGAACUCCUGAUGCUCGCCCACUAUAGCGACACCGACAAACACAUCAAAGUCACCACUAGUACCGUCACGCCCAGGGUCAGCGAAUACAUGAUCUUCCAUGUACGCAGCAACUACUACGUCGACCGUUUUAAUUACGUCAUCAUCGCCAAGGGUAUCGUGCUUGUGAUCGGCGACGAGGACAUGAACGACUUUGUUAGCACGAUGUCCAUAGCUCUGAGCGCCGAAAUGGCGCCCGUCGCGACGAUAGUCGUCUGGCACGUGGGGCGUUAUGGCGAUCUAACGGUAGACAGUCUAACGUUCCCGGUCAAUGGUAUCAGCCGCAAUAAAUUCAAGGUGUUCAUCAACAACAGGAAGGCGCGCACGGGACACAAGGUCGAGGUUGCCAUAUAUGGCGAACCCGGUUCAUACGUCGGUCUGUCUGGCAUUGACCGCGCCUUUUACACUAUGCAAGCCGGAAACGAGCUUACGUACGCUAAGGUCAUCACGAAAAUGAUGACGUUCGACGAGAACCUCAACGGCAGCCUGCUGCAGCACGCCUGGUUCUCCCACGAAGGAUAUCCCGAUGAGCUAAUCUAUUUUCCUUCGAGCACUUACGGCAUAGACGCCAAUCGAACCUUCGAGUACGCUGGCCUAGUGGUGUUUAGCGAUUUCGAGUUGCCUCGUAGACCCUCCUACUGUAACCACACCCAGGGAUAUGGCGAAUGCCUCAACGGCCGAUGUUACCGAUUAAGUAAACGUUGCGACUACUUCCGAGACUGCGAGGACGGUACAGACGAGGCAGGAUGUAAUUACGACAACACUACCGAACUAGCCAUAUUCCGGAAAUUCCGUUUUAACCGCAUACAACGUCAUUACGAGAACGUGUGGUUGUGGAGGGACGCCAACAUCGGCCCUCACGGCCGUUAUAUUUUUAACAUCGACGUCCCACCGAGGCCGGUCCAUUGGAUGGUGUCCGCGUUUUCAAUGAGUCCUACUCUAGGUUUUGGUAUGCUCAACAAGGCGAUUGAGUAUGUGGGCGUGUUGCCUUUCUUUAUCAACGUCGAAAUGCCAGCGACGUGCAUGCAGGGUGAACAGGUAGGCGUUAGAGUUAGCGUCUUCAACUAUAUGAUGGACGAUAUGGAGGCCCAAGUCGUACUCAAGGGAUCCCCCGACUAUAAAUUCGUCCAUGUGGAAGAGGGCGGGGUCGUUAGAGCCUACAACCCAAGGACGUCAUUUGGCGAACAUCAGUUCUUCAUCUACAUCAAGUCGCAGGACGCCUCCCAAGUGCACAUUCCGAUCGUACCCACCCGUCUGGGCGACAUCUACAUCACGCUGUACGCAUCCACCCUCAUCGGUACAGACCAGAUCAUGCGGAAGCUUCACGUUGAGGCCGACGGCCUGCCGCAAUAUCGUCACCAGUCGGUGUUGCUCGAUCUCAGCAAUCGUGCAUACACUUUCCAGUACAUGCAUGUCAAUAUCACCGAGUUCCCGAUCAUACCGUACGAGUACGACCGCUACUACGUGUAUGGCUCGAACAAAGCCAGAAUCUCAAUUAUUGGCGACGUUGUCGGUCCCAUUUUCCCGACGAUGCCAGUAAACGCUACCUCGUUGCUCCACCUGCCGAUGGAUUCGGCGGAGCAGAAUAUGUUCUCUUUCGCCGCCAACAUGUACACGUUGCUCUACAUGCGCUACACCCAGCAGAAGAACAAAACGCUCCAGAAACAAGCGUUUCACUACCUGAAUGUGGGGUACCAAAGGCAGCUCUCGUUCAUGCAACCGGAUGGUUCUUUCUCGACGUUCAGGAGCGACUGGAACCAAUCUGCACCCUCGGUAUGGUUGACAGCAUACUGCGCGCGCAUCCUGCAAGAGGCAAGUUUCUACGAGUGGGAGAACUAUAUCUUCAUUGAUCCCGCGAUCAUAGCGAAAGCCAUGGACUGGGUGCUGAGGCAUCAGACGGAAGAUGGGUCAUUUUACGAGACCACGUGGUUGCCGGAUCGGAAGUACAACUCGUCUUUGAACCUCGACAAUGACCCUAUAGCAAACCGGAACAUCACCCUGACCGCCCAUGUGCUGAUCACCCUGGAGUCGGUGAAAGACCUGACAAGUGGUUUGAGUUCGCGCGUGGCCAUCGCGGCUAAGAAAGCCAUCUCAUGGCUCGAACGCAACAUGGAAUUGAUCGAGAAUAAGGGCGGGGCGUUCGACGUCGCCAUAGUAGCCUACGCCCUGAUGAAGAUUAAAGCGCCAAACGCGGAACAGGCAUUCCUAGCACUCGCUAGCAAGGCCCGAUUAGAGGGCGGUUUGCUCUACUGGGGUCGCGAACCUGUACCCCAACCACCGUCGAAAAUUGAGAACCAACGUCCGUUCCUGUUGCCCCGCCUGCCGUACAAGUACGACUCUGAAAAUAUCGAGGCGACCGCGUACGCCCUGAUGGUAUACGUCGAGCGGCAGGAAUUUGUCGUAGAUUUCAUCGUCAGGUGGUUAAAUACGCAGCGACUGACAGACGGGGGUUGGGCAUCGACGUCGGACACGGCAAAUGCCAUGAAGGCGCUGAUUGAGUACACGUCAGCGCAACGCAUCAGGGACAUAUCCAGCCUGUCGGUGAAGAUCGAGGCGACAGCUUUGCCUGGAAAAUCGCACGUGAUGAAGGUGAACGACGAAAACAGGGCGCGGCUGCAAUACUUGGACAUACCGGAUGCAUGGGGCACUGUCAAGGUCGACGCCCGGGGCACCGGCUACGCCAUCUUGCAAAUGCACGUGCAGUACAACGUCGACAUCGAGAAGUUCCAGACGCAGCCGCCCAUCAAGGCGUUCGACCUCGUCACUAAACAGUACUUCUACGGCAGGAAUCAGUCGCACAUCACGUACGUCAGCUGUCAGAGGUGGAUCAACCAGAACGAAUCCGAACGAUCAGGACUGACAGUCCUCGACGUCACGGUGCCCACAGGCUACAUCGUUCAACAGCAGGACCUUGACGCCUACAUCCUGUCCGGGAGAGUUCGUAACCUGCAACGGGCCAGGUUCCAGGAAAGGAAGGUGCUAUUCUACUUCGACUAUCUUGACAAGGAAGAAACCUGCGUGACGUUCACGGUUGAACGGUGGUACCCGGUAGCGAACAUGUCGCGGUACUUAGCAGCCCGCGUUUACGACUAUUACGCACCCGAGCGGUUCAACGAGACGAUCCUCGACGCGUUGUCGUCUUACGUGUUGGACAUUUGCCAAGUGUGCGGCAGCAGUCAGUGUCCUUACUGCUGGAUAUAUAAUGGAGCUCCUGGUGCGUCGCGAAUUCCGGCUCUCGCGCCCUCGCUAGUCGCUGUGUUCGUUUACCUGACGGGGAGGCGAGGCCACGUUUAACCUUGUAAGGCACGUAUAUACGCUUUCCCUGGAAGGGGCGUGGUCGAGUCGUUGAUAUCAAAAGUUGCGUGUCAUUCGUCAGGAUUUGUAGUACAAAGCAUCGUCAGUUUCGUGCCUAAACUUACGGACUGUGUAAUUGUUUUCGCCGCGGUCUUUUAAGGGGGGGGGGGGGAUGGGAACGAGAGGAAAACAUAUCGUGCAGCUUAUCGGCGCCCGGAGGCUUGGCUAACGCGUAUUGGUAUAUUACAAGUGAUACGAAGGUGGUUUGGGUGAAUCAUAUCGGAGCAUCAAAAUCAUCACCGAAGCUAAUAAACUCGCACCUAACAGGAAUAUAGGUAGGCGCGGCCGCAGUACGGAAAAGUUGGUUAGUUUCUGCCUCGGGUUUUCUCAUAAUAAAAGUAUUCUUAAUUAUAUUAGAGGAGGAAAAUCGCGAACGAGUGGAGCGACUCGCUCGUUUAGUCUCAAAUUAUACCGUCCAUAUGGAGCGUCUUCGGCGUCCCCGUAGAAAUUGCUAGUUUGAAGGAGAUUCUCUAAUAUAUAUAAAUAUUUAAUUUAGAUAGGAUUUUGUUAUAUAUUUUUUUUAUUUCCGCCGAUUUUUUUUUUCACAUGUAAAUAUUUUUUCCCAAUGGGUUUUGAGACCCAUUUGUGUUUCGGUACCACUUUCUUGUACAUAAUUUUGAUUUUUCGUGGGAAAGUAUACCAGACGAACGGAGAAUAUUUGCAAAUGUUGACUAA